UUCCACUCGAGCUCAGUGCACUAGCUGCAUCAUAUUCAAGAUGUCGGCGGUGUCUGUGUAUCCCAUGUGUGUCCGGGCGAGCCGGGGCCUCCUCAGACUGAGGCAGGGGGUCAGAGGCUUCUCAGCCCCCAUGGCGCUGGAUGUUUUCAGGUCUCUCUCCACUGACACAUCCAGUAGCAGUGCCACAGGAGGACUGGCCCAGGCAAUCCUGCAGGAGAGGCUUCAGCAGAAGAGCCAGGGCCAGCUUCCUCCAGAGGGUGAUGACUCUGGUGACAAGAAAAAUGAACAGGGUGAGGACAAGAAACAGAAAGAGAACAGCGCAUAUGCUAAGAAGAUGGCCCUUCGGUUAGCAGGAUUUUUGGGACUUGGAAGCACAGUCGGCAUUGUCUACAUAUUCGGAAGCAGUUCUGUGGAUGAACAAGGAAAUAAGAUUCCAGAUGAGUUUGAUAAUGAUGUUCCUGUCAUCCAGCAGCUGAGAAGAGCCUUUAAAUAUUUCAAAGAUUACAGACAGAUGAUCAUCGAGCCCACAAGCCCAAAGCUUCUUCCAGACCCUCUGCGAGAACCCUACUACCAGCCUCCAUACACUCUAGUGCUGGAGCUCACCGACGUCCUCCUCCAUCCUGAGUGGUCGUUGGCCACAGGUUGGCGUUUUAAGAAGAGGCCUGGCAUAGACUACCUCUUCCAGCAACUGGCCCCACUUUAUGAGAUCGUAAUCUUCACAUCAGAGACGGGCAUGACGGCGUACCCCUUGAUUGACAGUAUAGACCCUCAAGGAUUUGUGAUGUACCGGCUCUUCAGAGAUGCCACACGCUACAUGGAGGGCCACCAUGUUAAGGACGUGUCUUGUUUGAACAGAGACUCCUCUAAAGUCAUUGUGGUGGACUGUAAGCGAGAGGCCUUCGGUCUGCAGCCUUUCAAUGGUCUGGCACUGCGCAAGUGGGAUGGCAACUCAGAGGAUCGCACGCUCUACGACUUGGCUGCUUUGCUUAAAACUAUAGCCAUCAGCGGAGUGGAGGAUGUGCGUUCAGUACUAGAAAACUAUGCCCAUGAGGAAGACCCCAUUGAAGCCUUCAAAAGAAGACAAGCACAGCUUGCACAGGAAGAAGAACAGAGACUUUCGGAGCUUGUGCAACAGAAGAAACAGGGAUUUUCUUUAGGUACUAUCGCAGGUCGUUUCUGGUCCCGGAAGCAGCAGUGAGGACUCGUCCUGCUCACACCCACCUGAUACGGUCCCACCUGAACUGUGACCAGCCAUUGAGAUGAGGGUCAUAGUCAUACAGGUGGACAGUGUCAGUGGGAGGGAGGGAAGAACGGGAGCAGAAGGGCACGUGUGGGAAAAACAUCUAAAGAGAUGCUACCUUCCAAAAGACAUUACAUUCCUGUGGAAAAUAGCACUUCCUGGACAGCAGACACAGAUAUGGUGCCCUAAUGUAUGAUCUCACUAAAUAGAAAUUGUUUCAGAGUGGUUGGACCAGUUUCUAUCUACUUCUUGGCUCCCUUAUCUCUGCAAGAGCAAAGAACUUCAAUGUGAACUGAAAAAUAAAUGUUUCCAUAAAGAAGAUUCUAUUUCAAACCCAUAACUGAUGCUGUAGGCUAUAGCUGGAUAUUAGACUUUGAAAAUGUCUGCUCAGCACAUGGGCACAUGAUGCAAAACCUUGGAUUUGUGUUUGUGCUGCCUUUGUCAUGGUGAUACUGUUGCAGUGUGUUGAGGAGAAGCUCUCGGAUAAAGAGCUCAAUCUGGUGCUAUUUCUCUUGAAGACAGAAAUGGCUAAUCAUGUCUGAGGGUGUUCUUGUGGAAUGUUCUUUGUAUUUCUUUUGUUGUGAAACACCCAGAAUAUCGCCAAUAAACAGACCGUAAUGUAA